AUGAGUUGCUUCCCAUGUUUCUCGUCACCAAAAAGCAAGAAGGAAAGCAGCAAAAGGGAGAAUGACUCUUCCUUUAAGGAGCCUAUUCAAUCAACAGUACCUGAAAAUACCGAGGCGUCUUCGAACCAAGCUGAACAUGGAAACAAUGCGGCUCAAACAUUCAAUUUCCGUGAGCUAGCCGCCGCAACAAAGAAUUUUCGUCAAGAAUGUUUGUUGGGUGAAGGUAGUUUCGGAAGAGUUUACAAGGGGACUCUUCAGGCUACCGGUCAGGUGGUUGCUGUGAAACAACUUGACAGGAAUGCAAUGGAUGGAAACAAGGAGUUUCUUGCGGAAAUUGGACAACUUAGUCUCUUACAGCAUCCAAAUCUGGUUAAUCUCAUUGGAUAUUGUGCUGAUGGAGAUCAGAGGCUUUUGGUUUAUGAAUUCAUGUCAGGGGGUUCCGUAGAAGAUCAUCUACUUGAUAUGAAGGCUGGUGGAAAGCCAUUAGAUUGGAUAACCCGAAUGAAAAUAGCUUAUGGGACAGCUCAAGGUCUAGAGUAUUUGCAUGAAAAGGCCAAUCCUCCUGCGAUAUGUCGUGAUCUCAAGUCCUCAAACGUUUUGUUGGACGAACAAUUCAAUGCAAAACUGUCUGAUAUUGGACUGGACAAGCUUAGGCCUUCAGCUGACAAGAUGCCUAUGCAGUCAAGUGUGAUGGGUACUUAUGGCUACAUUGCUCCAGAGUAUUCAAGAUCAGGUAAACUCACAACUGUUGCAGAUGUCUACAGUUUUGGAGUUGUUCUACUGGAGCUUAUCACUGGAAGAAGGGCCAUUGACACUACCAAACCUGUCAACGAGCAAAACUUAGUUGCUUGGGCACAACCAAUAUUCAGGGAACCAAAAAUGUAUCCAGAUAUGGCAGAUCCUUUACUUAAGAAGCGAUUUCCGGAAAGGGGUUUGAAUCAAGCUGUUGCAAUAGCUGCUAUGUGUUUGCAAGAUGAAGCUUCAGCCCGUCCUUUGAUGAGUGAUUUAGUGAUAGCCCUCAGUUUCCUUUCUACUGCCACAGAAGAGAAAAGCAUUCCUCCCACUCUUCCUGCUUCCAUCUCAUCCAAGUUGCAUUGCAUCUCAACUAAGCUGCAAUUCUUGGAUGGUGGUGAUGCUGGGAAGCUGAAGAAACAGGACAGCUCUGUUCAUGAUGCUGAUACACAUAGUGAAUCAGAUGAUGACCACAGUGAUAAGGGAAGUGUUUCUUCGAGCCGCAGUAGCUGUAUGAAUACACAUGAAGAAAAUGCUUUCAGCCAAAAUAUUGCGACAUCACUGUUUUCAUUAGGCCAUGCUUCUUCCAUGGAAGAAAGUAGUGCACAUGAUGAGCGUAGUCAUGCAAGUCAAAAGGGCAGCAGGAAAUCAACUGAUGGAAGUACUGUUUCCGUGAGUCGUGAGAGCAGCUUGAAAUCACAGGACGGGAAUGAUUCUUCAGGCCAUAACAGCAGCAGGAAAUUAACUGAUGGAAAUGUUUCAUUGAGUCGUAAGAGUAGCAAAAAAUCCAAUGACGGAAGUGUCUCUUCACGCCAUAGAACUAGCAGCAAAAAACCACCGGAUGGAAGUACUUCUUUAAGCCGUAAGAGCAGCAGGAAAUUGCAGCAGGGAAAUCACAGUAGCAGCAGGGCCUCAAAUGAUGAAAGCAAUUCUUCAGGCUCCAGCAAAAAGAGCCGGCGGAAAUCUAAGAAGGCGAUUAAUGAAUCACUUAGCCGCAGCAGCAGUAACGGAGGAUCACAGGGCUAA